AUGCCUAGUGAGAAGGGACGUGUGGAAAUUCCUAUGAUUAUGUAUGAACCGCACCGUGAAUCCUACAUGCAAGAACCUUCUGCACCAGAGUACUGCAGCCAAGAGGGUUAUGAGUAUCCUUCUCCCCCACCUUACAGCUGUCGAGAAACAGCCACCCUUGAGCAACCAGUUUACUUGGUGUCUCAGCCUCCGAUCAUCGUAGCAGGAAUCUUCUCAAGCAAACCAACAUCCACAAUAUGCCCUUCCUGCCGGCAGCACAUCACCACACAGGUCACCUACAGACUGGGCAGACUGUCUUACCUUCUGUGUACCAGCUUGUGUAUGGUUGGGUGCUGUUUUGGAUGCUGCUUCGUACCUUUCUUCGUGAGGAUCUUCAAGGACGCAGACCAUUACUGCCCAUGCUGCCAAUUUCAUAUUUAUAGAUACAAAAGACUAUAG